UCAUAAAUUUCUUAUGAUCUUAUUAUACAGUAACUAGUGGUAGCGUUAUUCUGUUGAUUUCUACACCUGUCCCUCGUGCAUUAUCGAACUUUUCACGGUUGACGGAUCUUUCGCUAGGACAUCUACAGACAGCCGCUACAGCUCGGAACCCUUCAUAUUGCGAUCGCAGACAUCAGGUUCGCUUUCGUGCACAUUGGAAUCGAGAGUCCAGAGCAAUCUUCGUGCGCUUUCUGAACUCUGAGUGACCGAAAGCUUCAUAAGCUUCAUUUGACUUGCCCCUAUAAUGCCUCUUGUGAUCUUGUGCGGCCUUCCCGCUUCCGGAAAAAGUAGCAGGCAGAGGGAGCUACAGCGGUAUUUGGAGGAGACUGCGAAAAUUCCCGUAAUUGUUUUAUCGGAUUGUGUUCAUUUUGGAGGAUUGUCCAAGACUGAGUUGUAUAGCAGUUCUGCUGCAGAAAAGAAUCUUCGAGCUGCUGUAAAAUCAGAUAUUCAGCGUUCAAUUUCUAAAGAAACCGUUGUCAUUGUUGAUACUCUCAACUAUAUUAAAGGAUACCGCUACGAAAUUUGGUGCAUUGCCAAAUCGUCCAAAACUCCUCAAUGCAUGAUUUGGUGCAAUACUCCCAUUGAAACAGCCAAAAGUUGGAAUUCUAGUAUGCCGAUAGCCCAGCAGUAUUCGCCCGAAGUGUAUGACGCACUCGUUAUGCGCUUUGAACCUCCUGAUAGUCAGAAUCGUUGGGAAAAUCCAUUGUUUACCGUUCUUCCGGAGGACGUUUUGCCUUUUAACGAUAUCCUUGCCUCUCUUCUGAACCGGCAACCUCCCCCUCCAAACCAGUCCACGCAAUCACAGCCACUCGCACCCGUUAAUUACCUGCACGAACUCGACAAGGUUACGCAGAGCAUAACGGCUGCCAUUUUAUCUUCUCAGCUUAAUGGACAACCGGGAGACAAAAUUAUUGUACCGGGCAUCGUUGAACCAGUUGCAUUUGGCCAAAAGGUAUCCGCUCCGGAGUUGAGUCGUCUGAGGAGACAGUUUAUCUCGCAUUCGAGAACAAGACCCGUGGAAAAUUUAGAUAGAAUUCCGCUGGUUUUUAUUGAGUACUUAAAAAAUACUGUGAAAUAAAAUUAAUGAGACAUUCCGCCCUAGAAAUAUGAAAUGCCGCCGAUCCGUGAAUGUUGGAGCAUGGUGUCUGUGAUAGUAUCAUACUGUCGUUGAGGUUUUCUAAUAUCAUGCUAUUUGGGACCAGAGUACCAGAUAGUCAUGUUCUUUUAAUGACUAUUUCUUUUGGUUUGAAAUAAAUAGACUGUACCAUAGACUGUACCAUGUGCCGGUACAGUCUACACGCUUGUUAGUUGUUACUCGGCGGUUUGUCGAGAUCGGUAACGACCACGCGAUUUUAUUUGAUCUCAAAACUGUCUGCAAGUAGAAGUGAUA